AUAAGAAGUGAUUAGAGCAGGUUUGAGAUAAAUAAAUUUAAAAUGGGCCUUUCAUAUAAUGUCUAUUUAACAGGCUCAAAGAUAUAUAGUUGUUCUAAAUGUAAAACUCAUCUUUCAGAUCAUAAAGAAAUAGCGUCAAAGGCAUUUAGGGGACAACAUGGACGGGCAUAUUUGUUUAAUACAGUAGUGAAUAUAAUUGAGUCUCCUAUGUCGGAAGACCGAACUAUGACUACAGGUCGUCAUAUUGUGCGUGAUAUAUCUUGUAAACAAUGUGGUAGUGUAGUAGGAUGGAAAUAUGAUAAAGCCUUUGAGUCAAGUCAAAUGUAUAAAGAAGGAAAGUAUAUUUUAGAAAUUGAGCUCUUAACAAUGAAGACAUAACACAUUUUAUUUACAUUUAUUUUUUCAAUGUUUUUAUUACAGUUAU